ACCAUCAUCAUCAAGAUAACACUUUUGUGGCUCUGGCUAAGUUCCCUUACAUUAUCUCAUUCUCAUCCGUCUGUUUAUUGUUUCAUUUCAUACUCUUACCUUCAAAAUAAUCUCCAAUUAAUGAAUACUCACUAGCUAGCAAUGGCCUUGUCCCCCUCUACAUCAUUAUGCAUUCUCCCAACUAACCCAAUCACUCCAACACCCAAAUUCAGAUUCUCAACUAACCUUGUUUUUACUGUGAAUUUGCCAAGGAAAUUAUCCAUUAGAAGCUCUGGUGAAAUCUCUGCAGGAGCUACAGAGGUAGAUUCAGAGGAUUCCAUUGAGCUUCCUAAAGAAUCCUCAUCUUUAAUUUCUAUUCUCAAUGUAGAAAGAGCUCUCCGUGGUAUACCAAUAACAGACGCAGAUCAUUAUGGUAGACUUGGAUUACCAAGAGGAUGUCCCUAUGACAUGGUGCCAGUUGCGUAUAACAACAAGGUUCAAGAAUUGGAGAGUCAAGGUUUAGAGAAAGACAUACUCAACAAGAAAUUGGAACUUCUCAGAGAAUCAUACACCAUCAUGUCAACGCCAGAAGAAAGAAGAAUGUAUGACUGGAGCUUGGCCAGAGAAGGUAACACAGAAAAAUUCAUUUGGCCAUAUGAGGUUGAUAUCCUAGGGAUUGAAAAAGGAGAGCCUCCACAACAGGAACCUGAGGAUGUUGGACCAACCAGACUGGUUGGAUACUUCCUGGUGGGAUGGAUAGUGCUAGCAUUUGUGUUAUCAAUUGGACUAAACUUAUAGAAACAAUUCUAUGUAUAUUAUGCAUCAACCUAUGAAAUUUUUAUCCCCAAAAAACAUGAUGUAAUGUAAUGGAAAAAUGUUUCAAUUGAAUGAAACUCUAGUUUCUAUAUUAAACAA